AUGAGUUGCCUAGCUUGGAAUUGCCACGGGCUUGGGAACUGGCGUGCAAGGAUAGAGCUUAAAGAGUUAAUUCAAGCAAAAGAUCCCCUAGUUGUGUUCUUGUCAGAGACUUGGUCAAAAAAGGAUCAACUAGAAAAAAUCCGAUGUAACAUUAAAUAUGCAGGGUUGUUUGUUGUCCCGAAACAGGAUGUGGGUGGUGGUUUAGCUCUUUUGUGGAAACAUGGUGUUACAGUUUGGGUUGACAGUUUCUCUCGUUUUCAUAUUGAUGCUAAAGUUCAUGGUGGUUCAGCUGAUGCUUGGAGGUUUACGGGAUUCUAUGGUGCUCCAGAUGCUCAGGAUAGAGAAGAUGCAUGGGCUAUGAUGCGUUUGCUCAAUUCGAAGCCUCAUUUACCGUGGCUUUGCAUGGGAGACUUUAACGAGAUUCUAUUUACAGAGGAAAAGGGAGGUGGUAGGAUUCGACCUCAUUGUCAAAUGCAGGCGUUCAGGGAUACUUUGGAUGUUUGUGGAUUUGUUGAUUUAGGUUUCACUGAUCCGGAAUUUACCUGGAAUGGCAAUAGACAUGGACACAUCAUUUGGGAGAGAUUGGAUAGAGGGGUGGCAAAUCAUGACUGGCUGGAGAAAUUUCCUACAGCUACCAUUCGACACUUGCACUAUGUAGAGUUGGAUUACAGGCCAUUAUUGUUGAUUUUGGACCCGAAUGGUGAAUCUCAAAGAUGGAAGCGAAAGCCCUUUAGGUUCGAGGAGAUGUGGUUGGCUGAUAGAGGUUGUAGUGACACGGUUCUUAGGGCUUGGGAAUCUCAACCUAGGGGUCAACCAAUGUUUUGGGUUUCUACAAAACUUAAGAAGUGCAAGAAGAUGUUGAAGGCAUGGAGCAAAGACCAUUUUGGUAGUGUUAAGAAGCAGAUAGUGCAAAAAAAGGAGCUUCUUUGGAAAGCGGAGGAAGAGUUGGCCAAUGGGGGUUCUCAUGAUUCAGUGGUUGAAUUGAGGCGAGACUUGAAUGUACUGUUGGACAAGGAAAAUCAUAUGUGGGCUCAAAGAUCACGUAUUCAAUGGCUAAUAAAUGGGGACAGGAAUACAGGGUAUUUUCAUGGUGUUGCUACUCAGCGGAAAUGA